AUGCAGCUCCCUCCGCUCCCGUCGACCAGUGCAGCGCCUCAGCCGCGUGUAUUGGUCCUUGACAACGGCGGGCACUCGAUCAAGGCGGCGUGGGCGCACGCUGGGUCGUCGGCCGUCGCUUCCGAACCAGUGGUCGAGACGUAUAGGAAUGCGAUUGCGCGGAGUAAAGCGGCGAAAAGGUCGUUCGUUGCGGACGAGUUGGCGGACGAGUGCGACGACUUUGGAGGGUUGACGUUCCGUGUGCCGAUGGAGAGGGGAAUCCUGAACAACUGGGAGGUCGAGAAGACGGUGUGGGACCACGUGUUUGGCUCACGAGGACGAGGAAUGAACAUCGCCCCGCAACACACCAAUCUCCUCGUCACCGAGCCAGUCUUCAACCUCCCGAAUGUGCAAGAUCACUACGACCAGAUCGUGUUCGAGGAAUACGAGUUCUCGAGCUACUUGCGGUGUCCAGGUCCCGCCCUCGUACCAUACGGACUCGACGCGCGAGGCUCGCCGACCGCACCCGUACCCGAGUGCGCUCUUAUCAUCGACUCAGGCUUCUCGUUCACGCACGUCGUCCCGGUCUUGCGGGGGCGGAUAGUCACGAAUGCGGCGCGACGAAUCGACAUCGGCGGCAAGCUCAUGACCAACUACCUGAAGGAGAUCGUCUCGUACCGACACUGGUACAUGAUGGAUCAGACGUCGGUGAUGGAGCACGCAAAGGAGGAGGCGUGCUACGUCUCGACGCAGUGGAAGCAGGAUCUCGAGACGGCCAACCGCGACGGCAACCCCCUCGUCCGCACCUACGUCCUGCCGGACUUCCUCCCCGACUCGACCAACAAGCUCGGCUACGUCCGCUCGGGCCUGACUCCUCCUCCAGCCUCUCCUCCACCCGUCGACCCGUCCGCGCCGUACAACGCCCCGCAGCCGGAGAAGGACGAGGAGCAGCUGUUGUACCUCUGCAACGAGCGGUUCAGCGUGCCGGAGGUCUUGUUUAACCCGUCGACAAUUGACAUGAACCAAGCCGGACUCGCCGAAACCGUCGGCCUCUGCAUCUCGCUCCUCCCGCUCGACUUGCAGGGCAUGUUCUGGAGCAACAUCGUCUGUGUCGGAGGGAACGCCGCGUUCCAGGGCUUUGGCGAGCGAUUACAAAGCGAACUGCGCUCCGUUGCACCGCCAGAACAUGUCGUUAACGUCACCAUCUCACGAUCACCUACCACUUCCAUCGCCUCCUCCGCCGCCUCCUACCUCUCUCUCGGACACAACUCCCGCUCACACGCCCACUUCCCGACACCGCUCUCGCCCUCCUCCUUCGUCACGCGACAAGAAUACCUCGAAGCGGGCUCGAACGCGUGCAGAAGGAAGUUUGGGGCGUUCUACUGGAGUGGAGGGAAGAAGGGGGACAAGGAGGUCAGGAUGGCCGCGAGGGGGGAGAUGGACGGGUACCAUGCGGGAGCGGACGGGAUGGUGCUGGGUUGA